CAUUUCAAAAGAAAUAUCUAUUACAGCGCAAUAGGGUCCCCAAUUCCUUGACAUCUUGCUCCAUUGAAAAGGACAGUGAUGGCUAUCAUAGUUUCCCAAGAAAAUGGUGAGCCUGUUUCCCAAGAUCUUUACAGAACAUCUCUGCAUAGGCUCUUGAUGAUGUGGAUGGGAUUAUUAUGGCUCAGGCUAUUGAAUCCAAGGUGCCAGAGUAGAUGGGCAGUCUGUUUCUCAUGGUGGGGGGGGAUUUGUUCCCAACUUCAGUGAUAACUCGGCUCCCUUGCGGCAGCUUACUCACAAGGACACUGCCUGGACAUGGCACGAACAGCAGCAACAUGUUUUUGACACUCUAAAACAUCAGAUGUCAUGCCCACCUACCCGGGCUUAUUACGAUGUCAAUAAACCUGUUACUUUGACCUGUGAUGCAUCCCAGAACGGCCUCGGUGCAGCAUGUCUGCAAGAUGAGCAGCCUGUUGCUUAUGCCUCCAGGAUAGUGGAUACUGGCAGUGGUCUUUGCAUGUGUCAAAUUCAACAAUUACAUUUUUGUCAAGGCUGUUUCCGUAGAGACCGACCACCUACCUUUGGCUACCAUUUUAAACAAGCCCAUACAUGCUGCUCCGGCGCUGGUGCAAAGAAUGAUGCUGCGGCUCCAGAAGUAUGAUAUCUCUCUCAGCAUUAUGCCCCUGUCCCACUUAGGAAACCUGAACGGAAUCCUCUGGAGACUUUGUGCCCCACCCAAGGUUUCCGUGCGGUUCCCGGAGGUUGCAGGUGGUUGCCGGAGGUUGCAGGUAGUAGAAGCAGGUAGGGAGACUGAUAAAGACCUCCAGGAACCUCUGGGAACCGCACGGAAACCAUGGGUGAGGCGCAAAGUCUCCAGAGGUUUACGUUCAGGUUUCCUAAGUGGGACAGGGGCAUAGCAAGCAGGGUAAGCACGUGUAUGUGGCUGACACAUUAUCCCGUGUUCCCAGGUGAUCGAGCGCCCAGCACACGUCAUGGCAGUUGAUUUCACUCAUCCUUCACAUCUGGAUACUUUGGUGGUUCGCACGGCAGAUGAUGCCACCCUGCAGAUGCUCACCUCAGUCAUCAAUCACGGAUGGUCUGGCAAACAGUAUUCGCUUCCGCUUGCUGUUCAGCCUUACUUUUCUGUCCGAGAUGAAGUGGCCAUUGAAGGUGGGGUUAACAACAAGGGCCAUAAGGCAGUGAUCCUGGCUUCACUCCAACAGAAGUACUUUGACACCGUACACGGAGGUCAUCCUGGUUCUGAAGCUGCGAUACAACGAGCAAAGAGCAUGUUUUUCUGGCCUGCCAUGUCGGAUUAUAUACGCAACAGGGUGCAGUCCUGCGCUGUGUGCAACAGCAUGGCUCCACAUCAACAGAAAGAGCCCCUUUUGCAGCAUCCGGUUCCUGUCUUGCCGUGGUCUAUGGUGGCUACUGACAUUUUCGACUGGCGUGGCAACCAAUACUUGGUUCAGGUUGACUCUUACUCCGAGUGGUUUGAGAUCGAUCUGCUCCCCACAGCUUCUGCUGCGGCGGUCGUCAAGAAACGUGCGAGGCAUUUACCGGUCCAUGGGGCAUCUCAAACCCUCAUGUCUUUCAAUGGUGGCCAAUUCACGUCAGCGUUUCAAGGACUUUGCACACUGGGAACCAUCAUCUCCAACGACCUUCAAUGGGAGCCACCAUCGACUCCACAGUCAAAAAGGCACAUCACCAGCAGUCCGGAGUACCUCCAGUCGAACAGGCCGGCUGAGCGAGCUGUCCGAAGUGCAAAGGAGCUCAUGGAGGCAUCCAUCAGGGCUGAGUCUGACAUGUUUUUGGAUCUUCUCAAUCUCCACAACAUUCCACAUGAUCCCACUUCUGACACCAUGUGCAAAGUACUUAUGAUACAGUGUCAUUAUAUAUCAUAACAAGUACUUUAAUUUAAAUACAUACAGAGACCAUCAAAAGUGUGCCACAAGGUGGUGGUGGUGUGGAAAACCUGACAUGGAUUUUGGAUCAGGUUUUCAGCAGCAAAACCAGACAUGGAUCAAAUCAGCAAUACUGUUUGAUCUGCGGGGGGUCUAAACUAGAGGGCUUAGGUUUAAAUGACUUGAUGGGUAAAAGUUCACAUCAUGAAUAUGGGUAUCUGGAAAGAGUUGCCAGAGAAAGUGAUGGAGGCCAGAUUGAUAACAUGGAGUAAUGAAUGGUAACAUUUAAGAGGCAUUUCUUCAAAAAAUUAUGAAGGGAUAUGGAAUUCAUGCAGGCAAAUGGGGAUUUUAUAGAUAGACAUUAUGGUUAGCCAAAGAUGUGAUGGGCCAAAGGGCCCAUUUCCACACUGUACAGUUCUAUGACUACACAUUCCACAAAGCCACUUGAGUUGAAUAAUCAGCCAUGAUCAUAUUGAAUGGCGGUGCAGGCUCUAAGGGCCGAAUGGCCUACUCCUGCACCUAUUUUCUAUGUUUCCAUGUUUCUAGGCCAACUUAUUUUGGUUGCUGGCAUGUGGUGCCAUGUCCAAGACUCUCAACCUUGUGUAGUCCCACAAUGAAGCAACAAAGGCACAACUGAUCUUUGAUUUCAAAAGCACGACUAGGGAGGAAACAGGAGCACCCAGAGAAAACCAACACGGUCACAGGGAGAACGUACAAACUCCGAAAAUAACCCUGGGAAUCUCUGCCAUCAGAUUUGUACACAGACCUCCCAAGGAGGUAUAUUACGACCAUAACCUUUGAUGCCCCUUUAACUGAUUUUGGUUCAAUGGUGUGUUAUUGUCACCUGUUCACUGCAGAGUGAAGUUAAUUUGCACGGGUCACACAUGCACGAGUCACCGUAUUUUUGUGCCAUGUACAGAAUAGUCCAAAGUUCGGUCCAUGUGCUCGAUGUGCUGGAACAGCUCCCCAUACAGGUAAGCCCCAGGAUGCUGCAGGCCCUCCAUCGCCCUCGACCGGCUCAGCCCGCUAACCGAUGUCCCUCUCCUCUCCUGGUCCCGGGGGUGCCUCCUGCAGCAGACUCUGAAGGCUCUGGAGGCAAUAUCCUGCCGGCCGCCCC